AGUAGAGGGCUUAAAAACUGAAGUAUAAUCUUGUAGUUAGUUAAUUAAUUAUUGGUAAUUAAUUAUUUUGUUUGGUAUCUAAAAAAGGAAACAUAUGCUAGUUUUUGAGAGAUGUGGCUUUGUGUGUGGAGUUAUUCCCCUUUUUAUGUUUUGUACACAUUUUUCUCCCACUUCCCAUUCUUGGAUCAAGUUAAAAUUUUGAAUAACUAUUCAUAGUGACAAAACAUCAAUCCAUAAAAAAAUAAAUAAAACCAAAUUAUUGGUAAUUAAUUUUGUUUUAUAAAAAAGGGAGCUUAUUAAUAAGUUAUUGAGAUAUAUGGCAGUGAUUUUGUGGUUCUUUCCCUUAGAUAAGCUUUGUUUUUAAAAAGAUUGUUUUUAUAUUUUACUUCAACCACGCAUUUAACUAAUUCACCGAAGGCAUCUAUCUCCAUUCCAGAUUUGAUAGCAUACUUCUAAAUAUUGCCAGACUGUGGGCCAAAACUAAAAACAGAACCACCCUCAUGAGAUAUGCUAUUUGCGGACGAUGCAGCGGUAGUGGCACACUCACAAGAGGAGCUUCAGUCACAAAUGUCCUGCUUCUCUCAGGCCUGUAAAGAGUAUGGCCAAACCAUUAGCAUGAAGAAAACAAAUGUUAUGGGACCACCAGCUAUUGAACCACCCUCCAUUGACAAGCUGGAUGCCUUAACUCUUUCAGUGCGAAUUAUUUUGAUCGAAAAAAUGGAGUUUUCCGGAACGAACUCAAAUUUUCAAGGGGGCAUAUAAUGUGUGACUUAUGUAGAUACUUCGGAAAUUUUCAAUAAAACCCUUUUAUGUAAUUUAUGUGUACAUAGGUACAUGCAUUAAAGUAAAGUUGGUCUCAAUGUCUGAAACAGUUCCUGACCCACAUUUGGUGGGCAACAGGAAUCAACAAGAAAAUCUUGCAGAACUGUUAAACUCCAGUGCUUCAGUAAGUGAUAUUAGCGAAGCUGCUUCAGAUAUGAGCUUGUCAACUUCACCUGGAAGUGAUAUAACACCACAGUCACAGAAACAUUUUGUCAACUCAUCAUCUACCGGAAAUGCCACAUCCCAUCAGCCAAAGAAAAGACCUAUUGUAAGACAGUUAUCAUCCAAUCCCUACUUGACAAGUUCUGAGUUUUCUCCAUCCCAUGAGCACCUUCCCAUCAUAGGUUCUCAUUCAAAUAUCCAGCUGUGCUCUGAUGGUGGAGCUUUCACUGAUUUCCCAGGGAAAGAGGUUUCACAGAAAGCUCAUUCUUAUCCACUUAAUUCUACUAGUUUCUGGGAAAGUGAUGAGGAAAGUGACAAUGGCAAUGAUUUGAAUGGACAGAUGCAUAACACUGUCCUUGACAAUAGUCACCAACAGUCAAACACUGAAGUGUGCAGUGAUCAACUUUAUUAUUUGAGUGAUGACCAUCAUCCUGUCAUAUCUUCAAGCCCUAAGGAAAUACUUAAGCUUGGUGUUAGUCCUACAGCUUUUAAUAACAUCUUAGAUCUCAAUAGUCAUGUAGAUGGAGAACAACAAUAUAGUCAGUAUCAAAGUGAUCACCAUUUCAGUCAUAAUCACCAUCAACAUUACCAACAACGGCAAUAUUCUCCAGACUUAGUCCCUAGUAAUGAGACAACUAACCACAGCACAAACAGAUACAAUAACAACACUAAUCAAAAUGAGCUUCAUACUGACAAAAAUUCAUUUAACAUCAUUUCACAUGGCCAACAAAAUGAAACCAUCACACGCUCUGGCUCAACUCGAAGUAGAGAAGUCAACUCAUGGGGGCAUUUUUACCAGCCGGCUGCCGAGAGCUAUUACAAAUAUAGGCGCAGUCAUCACUGUAGUGACAGUGAGGAGGAAGAAAUGCCUUCUCCUGUGAUGAGAAAACAUGUAAAUGAAAACAUGAACUGCCAGUCUCCCAACUUUCCCUGCACACACAAUGUUCAUGAGUCCUCUUUGUCUCAGCUUCCAAUAGAUACAAACCUUACCUAUAGACUACAAUCAGAGAGAAGGACAUCACAAAAUGGAAUGAAACCUAUGGAGUUUAAAGAAAGGUUUCAGUUAGUUAAAAAGUGGUUCUCAGAAUGCAAUGAUGGACAAAGAAAUAUUGUUUUGAAAGGAUUAUUAAACAUGUGUGAACCACCUCAGCUCCAUCUACUGUCUGUGCAUAUGUCUAAAGAGCUCCAUCAGGGUUGUCCAUCCAACUGUGAAGAUAUUAUCACAUGGCUGCCCCCCAACUUGGCCACCAAAGUCAUAUCUUACCUAGAUCCAGUAAGCCUGUGUCGUGCUGCUCAAGUGUGUAAAGUUUGGCGACAUCUUGCAGAAGAUCAGUCUCUAUGGAGGAGGUUUUGUUGCCAGACAAAGUGGAGAUUAUCUAAAGCAGCCGAACACAAGCAAGUCAUUAGUCACAUGUCACCAGAAGGAAGUAUUCAGUGGAAAAAUGUAUUUGCUGAACGAUUCCGACUGAGAAAUAAUUGGCUUAAAGGCAGAUGUACAGUUAGGACAUUUGAAGGUCAUUUACAAGGAAUCUCCUGUGUUCAAUUUGAUGAUUCACGUAUUGUUAGUGGUUCCUCAGACAAGACUAUAAAGGUAUGGAACAUGAGGACCAAUGCUCCAUGGUCUGUGCAGACAUUAAUGGGUCAUCAUGGAACUGUCCGAUGUUUACACCUGGAGGGCAAUCGUCUUGUGAGUGGAUCCUGUGAUAAAACUAUCAAGGUUUGGGAUUUAUCUACUCAAGAAAGUUGGUCCUCAAUAGCUUGUAAAGUGACCAUGACUGGUCAUAAUGAUACUGUCAGAUGUCUACAGGCUGAUGAUGAUAAAGUUAUAAGUGGUUCCUAUGAUAAAACAUUAAAAAUCUGGGAUCUAAAGUCUGGCCAGUUGAGAACCACUCUCAGGGGUCAUCAAGCAUCAGUUCUGUGUGUUCAUUUUAGUGAAUCAAAAAUUGUAUCCGGAUCUGCUGACAAAACAAUCAAUGUAUGGAGUCAUGAUGGCCGAUGUAUGAUGACACUCCGUGGACAUCAGGAUGCUGUUACUUGUUUGAUGUUUGACUCCACUCGUAUAGUCAGUGGUUCACUGGACCGCAACCUCAAGUUCUGGGACAUUCACACAGGCAAAUGUUUGAACACUAUAGAUUGGAAAGAAGCUGAAGGCCAUACAGAUGUUGUCAGGUGUCUGCAGGCAGAUAGUUGGAGAGUAGUCAGUGCUGCUGAUGAUAAGACUAUUAAGGUUUGGAAUCUGGCGACAGGAGAACGUCUUGUUACACUGAGGAACCACACAGAUGGGGUGACAUGCCUACAGUUCAAUGAUUUCAUUAUCGUGUCUGGUUCUUAUGAUAAGAGUGUAAAACUGUGGGACUUCAGUUGUUGCUAGUCCACUGGAAUUGUACAGUAUAAUAAGAGUAGAUGUAAGAAUAUCUUGUGAUACCUGAUGCUCAUGUACUUUGAUAGCAAAGAUAAUACUCAGAAUUUUCAAUGCAUUUUUUUUUAGCUUUUUUUUUUUAUUUUUCGUGUAGAUACAUGCAAUUUAGGAUAUUAAUUACAUUAACAAUUGACCUUAUUUUUGAAGGAAUGUCUGGAGUAUCAUAAUUGUUUCAUUAUGGUACCAUGCAAGGUAAGGGGUAUGGUGCAUUUUUAUUUGACCCAUUUAGUUACCAACAACAGCUACACAAAAACAGAACUUUGAUAGUAUGAUGUAUAUGUAUACCAAGUCAACAAAGUGUUAGCAUACUGUUCUUAGCAUACUGUUCUUAUUGUGCUGAAUCUUAGUUUAAGUCUAACUCUUGUACAUUAUUUUAAGAAUUUCUAUUUGUAUAUAAGUUAUUCUUUGAAGAAGUGGUCUUUGUAUGUAGACUCAUUAUUUAUUGCAUCAUUCCAUGUGUGUGUUUGUGUAAUGAGGCCAUUGUUGUCUGCUAAAAAGAUUUUUAAAGAUAACCAGAGGAACAUUUUUAUUAGUCAGUUUUGAUUUCUAAAGAUUCUGCCAAAGUCUCACUACAUGGAUCAUGUGUGUUAUUUAGAUUGAAAUUUACUUUCAUUGUACUUAUAAAAAAAAAUUUUUGUUUUAAUUUUGUCAAAAAUAUGUUUUAUUUGUUACUUUGUUUUACGUUUUCAUGUUUGUAUCUGCCUAUUCCAAUAAACAGCCACAUUGAAUGGACUGUGGCUGUAGUAAGAAACAUUAGCUAAGUCUAUUGUCACAAAGUGCGGGGUGAGAAGGAGACUAACAGAGUGAUUUGUAUUGUCAGAUUCAGUCUCUAGUUGCUUGAAUUGUCUUUUCCAAAUUUAUGUUCCAUUUUUUUUUAAAAACUCUUUGUUUAAAUCUAAUUGUUGUAGCUAAUCCUGAUUUUUUCUACAAAUGUUGCAAUUUUUAUUUUAUUUUAAAUAUUUAGUAUUUCUGUUAACAACUCUGGAACUGUUGUACUUGUCUAUUAUUCAUCGUAUGAUCUUUUUUGUUUCCUGUUCAAAUGUUUUAUUAUGUGUUCAAUCAACUGUCUGUGAGAGGAGGCACUACAGCUCUAUCAUUGACCAACUUUUUCAACUUGUUUUUUCUUUCUUUCAGUGUUUUCAAAUUUUGUGUUUGUGUUUUUACAUUUUUCAAAAAUGUUUCUCUUUGAGCUCUCUGCGCACAUUCUGGACUUGACCUACAUUGAUUUUGUUUGACAUUCAUCUUGUGCCAUUGUCAGUUAAGGAAUAAUGAUCUAAUUGACCAAAACAAAAACCUGCCAUAACAAGUAUUACUAGUAGUAUUAACUUGACUAUUUACUUUUUUUUUUAUUACCAGUACAGCUAUGUAACCAGUUAUAUUAUACAUAAUGUUGAUAUUUUGUUUGUAUAGACAAGUCUGGAAUGUUGUCUUAAUGUUAAAUUAAGCAAACAUAAUAGCCUAUCUCUGCCACAUAGUGUUUUAUAACAUAGAUUGUACUUCAGUCAUGCUGGUUAUCUGGAAGUUUUGACCAAUUAGACUAUGAAGGAAUCAUUUAAUUUAAAUACAUGUCACAUUACAUUUUUACUGUUUAUAUCCAGGAUGAUAAAUGCACUUUUUGAAUGAACUAGAUUUAUCUAGAUAAGUGGUUCCCAAACUUUUUUGUCUCGUAGACCCUUUGACACAUUUUCCAGUUUUCAGUAGACUCUCUGCUAAGCUAAUUAUGCAUUUUUGAAAAUUCAUCUACUUCAAAUGUUUUUUUUUCACUGAUUUCUAAGUGGUAUAUUUUUAUAAAUGAAAUUUAAAUGAAAAAAGAAAAAGAAAAUUUAAUAUGUAUUAUAUCCCAUUAGUGGGAGUUCAAUUUAAUUAGGUUUAAUAUUAAAACUUCUCAGUUAGUGAUGUCCAUUUUAUUUUUUUUUAUUAGAAAAGUAAAAACAUUGCUGAAAUCUUGAUCCACUAGAUACGAAGAUUAAAAAACAAUUAGAAACUAUUUUUGAUAUUCCAUAGUAUCCAGAAGUAUUAUGAAUAAUCAUUUUUUGAAGCAAGAAGUGCUGAUAUUCUUUUUCUAAAUGUGUAAAUUCUUCAUUUGUAUUUAUUUCAAGCAUUUCUUCUUGAAAUGUUGCAUCCUUCUCUUCUAGCUCAUCUUCAGAUGGAUUGCUUAUCCAUUGAGGUAUAACCAUGUUCAGAAUAUCCUCAGACCUUAGCUGAAAAUUAGAAAUUAGAGGGCAUUUAUAUGUUCAAAAUAAAUCAAACCAACAGCUGCCUGGCAUUUUGACUUCUAAAUUUGGAAAUUGACCAAAUGUUUUGCUUCAUUAAUUAAAUUCUGAUUGUGGAUUUUGUUUUUAUCAAAUUUAGGUUAUCAACUUGUAGCUGCAAGUUAUAUCACAUUAAAUUUAUGAAACAAAUCUGUUCAAUAGACUAUGAUUUCCCCUUGAUUACUAUUUUAUUUUAUGAUUGGAGCUUAAGCAUCCAAUAAUUUUAAAGUGUUAAAAAUAGAAAAAAAUACUGUCAAACAUAUGACAUAUUUUUGUCUCUCUAUUUAUGAAGCCAAAUUAAAAAUAACCAACAAUGUACUGUACUUUUUACAUCUCUAUUUGAUUUGGCCAUGUUUAAUUCUAGUGUCAUAUGUAAACAAAAUUAAGAUAUUUAAAUAAGAUAUUAACAUUUUAAAAUAUAUUUUUUUUUAAUUCAUUAACAGUGUUAAAAUUCAAAGGAUUAACUAUUGUACUAAUCAAAUGUGUGAAUGAGUUUAUUCCAUUAAUGCUUAAAUGAGAUCCACCAAUUCUUUUGUUCACACUUGUAGACCCCUGGAGGUCUCUAUAGACCACUUUGGGAAUCACAGAUCUAGAUGCUAAAAGAGAAAAAAAAAAGCCAUUUCAAAAUCACAAGGCUUGAUUGUAGUAAUAGUAAAAUGAGCUAAAGCUUUCAGAUUGAUUUCAGACUGAGUUAAUUCUUAAUUGUAAUUCACCCUUUUAACCUAUAUGCAUCUUUUUAAUGUACACUUCUGGCUUAGGAAUGACUAAAGUCUCAUGUCAGGGAUCUAUUCUGCUACAAACUGACACUAAAGUCUCAUGUCAGGGAUCUAUUCUGUUGUGCAAACUAAGAAUGUAACAAAAAUUAGGUUCAAAGUUGUUUUUUUUUAUAAUGAAUGUCAUAAAAAAUUGAUGUUCUAUUUGAAUACCGGUAAAUCAAUGCACACUUUAUGCCCAUAAUUGAAAUCUGUGCUAAGUUGCAUACAAAUGGAUGUUAUUCUGCCUUUGCUUGUUUUACAUUGAAAUUCAAACCUACCUACACCUUGUUUGUUUUACAUUGAAACUUAGACCUACCUACACCUUGUUUGUGUCCAUUGAUAUUACCUUUUAUUACUGAACAUGUUAGUACUAUCCACAUUAGUGACUCACUGUAAUCAGUUUUGAUACAUUGCCAUCAAAUUGUUCCAUGUUAUAGUAUGCUAUAGUUUAUGGGUAGGUGACACUUUGGCACAACUGUUUUGGCAGAAGUUCUGAUGAUAUUUUUUAAAACACAAAACUUUUUAUAAUAGAAAUUAUUUAAAAAAAAAGUAUUGGCCUAGAAUACUAGAGUAUAUAUAUAUAUAUUACAUGCCCCUCCCCCCUUUUUUUUAAAAUAAAAGUUUUAAUAAAUUUGAUUAGUUCAUGAAUGCAUAUUGCCAACUAUGGAUUGUUGCUGGGUCGUGUGAUAUGUGGUUUGGACACUUACAUAUGUAUCAUUCUUUUUAUAUACUUAAUCAAAUGAACACAAUGAGGCUAAAACAUUUUAUGCCUAACUAAAUGUCCUGUGCCAAAAAGACCACUGUGCCAAAAUGGUUGUGCCAUAAUGUCUUGCUCUGAUAGUUUAUGCCAUUCUUUUGUUUUCUCUUUGUUGUAUUCGCAUUUCUUGGCUUUUAUUUUUCAGUUUUAUACAAUGCAUAAUAUUUUGAAGCCUGCUGUGCCAACUUAA